AUGUCGGAAAGGCACAUCACACAGAACAGCACUGGUGGGUUACAGACCGAUGCGGUGUUUAUACCAAACGACAGCAAGGUUAGCUUCGCCGGUAGGCUCGGAAUCACGGCGAACCAGGUCAGUGUCUACAAAUCAUCCGCGCAGAGUGGGCGAGACUUGAUGUUCAUUGGAUCGUGCACGGUCCGCCACCUGCAGUUUUACCGUCAUCAGGAUCUCAUCAUACUGGUAGGUGACUCCCGACGUCUCUUCGACAUCGUCGCGUCGUCGGAUGAGCUCGCCGCGCACCUUUCCCUCUCCAUUUAUGACAACAUCAUCGCGAACUGUGCGAAGUGGUCGACGUUGACGGUGCAGUUGAACUUGCCGGAGGUGUGCGAUGUUGUGGUGUCGGCAUUGGAGUCCCGCCGCGCGACGCAGCUCCCCGCGCCGCCCUUUCCCCUCCACCACCUCGCCGUCCUGCCAGACACCCCCGUCAACCGCGAGCUCCCCGACCGCGACCACCGCCAGCGGCCCCUGGAGCUACCCCAGUCCAAGUCCAAGUCCCGCCCUGGUUACCUCGAGUCCAAGUCCCAGUCCCGGCGUGGUUACACCGAGUCCAAGUCCCAGUCCCGCCCUGGUUACGUUCAGUCCAAGUCCGAGACUAAUUCCUGUUUCUCCCACUCGCGGAGUAGGGACAGAGGGCGGAAGGCGGACUCUGCACCCCGGCAGCUGCGCGGGGUGAGGGGGUCAGAGGGCUACCGCGAGGCCGCGGCGGCGGUUGAGGAGCCUGACGUUUAUGUGGAGGAGGCCGGGAUGGCGGCCGAGAGGGAGGGGGAGAGGGGGGGCUGGAAUAGACCGGCGGCCCCCCGCGCGGGGCCCGGCGAGGUGGAGGGCCUCCUGCGACGCGUCCAGCGCUACCAGCACCACCGUUUGCAUGUCAUGCAGUAUCUCCAUCGCGCGAUGGUCCAGCAGGCUUUCAUCGCCGAGGAGGCGAAGCUGCGGGCAGGGCGGCCACGACGAGUGAGCCCCCCCCACUGCUCGUCCUCGCCCGCGACCGGGGAAGGGGAGGGGCGACUGCGGGAGAUUGAGGCCCGUCUUGCGGCGGUUGAAGAACUCCACCGGGCCGCGGAGCGCGAGCAUGCAGAGGCCGCGGAGCUCCGCAUGGAGUACGAGGCCCGGCUUGCGGCGCUCGCCCCCAACGGGCGUCCCGAUGGGGCAUCGCGAGAGGUCUCUCUGGGCGACGUUCUGGACGGCCCCAAUGAGGCUACGACGGUUCUCGACCGGCACGUCGUUGGCGAGGAGUGGUGGCUUCUCUAUCCCCAGUACCAGCAUGAGCUCCAGUUCAACGCGCAGAUUGACCUUUGCCUCGCCCUUAAGCUCCCGCGGACUGCGGUCUGCGUAGUGGAGCUCAGCCUCGAUGAGGGGGGGCUGCGGCUGCAGCUGAGGAUUCACCACGACCGCGCGGGGCUCCCCCGGUCCGAGAUCGAAUGGCGCGUCCGCAGCUGUCCUUUUCGCAUGCUGCGGCGGAUGUACGAGAUGCGGCGGCUCUACGAAGGCCGGAGGCGCAAGGUGGAGCCCGUCGUUGGCACCCGCCCGCGGAUGAUCGCUGAUGUCGGCGUCGUUCCAGCCCUCGCCCCGAAUGCGGUGGGGACUUGGCGGUCCUCUAGUCAGGGCGACUCCCACUGCGUAUCGGGCAGCACCUUGUUUCCACCCUCCGGAUCCCUCGCCCUCCCCCAGCCGCGCUCGCGGACGACCUACCGCGGCGACGACGACUGCUGCGAGGACUUCAGCAGCUUUGUCGAGAGGGAUGUCGUCUCCCUCGAGGGCUCCCUCCUCCCGCGGAGGUUUACGAUCCCGCAGGAGGAGACCUCGCAGGGCCCUCUCGAGAAGACGAGGCAGCAGAUCAACGCGGAGCUGUGGCUUCACGUUUGCGAGCAAGCCGAACACCUCGUCGAGGAUGAAGCCUACUCGCGCGCCGACCUCCUCUUACAGGAGGCCAAGCAGAGGCGGACGAUCAGCCAAUUCCACCAACGCGAGGCCGCAACGACUAGUUUUGCCUUCCUACAGUCGGAGAGGAUCGAGCGCGCUUCCCUUGAGGUCAGCGCUGCGCGGCAGGUGCAGGUGCUAAUGGUGGCCCACCGCCGCCAGCUCGCUCUCUUCCGUGUGGUUGACGCCGAGCGCAAGCGCCGCGGCGAGAUCGCGGAGAGGGAGAAGGACGAGUGGUGCGCGCUCAACAUGACGAUGAAGCCCUCAUCCACACACAUCCACGCGGCUGCCCUGCUCGACGCCGAGCGAAAUGCCCAGACCUCUUCGAUAGCAAGCACCUCCGCGAAGGCUUUAAAUGAUGUUAUCGCUGUCGAGAAGGUGGCUCGCGCGGUGAUCAUGUCAGACGCUAUGAGCGAGUUCCUCGAGCUGUUUUGCGAGUCCUUCUCUCCCUCUGAGGGCGGGAGGGGAGGGGUGCUGUCGUCCUCCUUAACGGAGGCUGGGUAUUACCCGGCGCGUAUUCCCACGAUGCUGAGUGAGCUUGUGCAAGAUGAGCGCACGCUGCGGGACAUCAACGCGGUGGAGGAGCGACGGCGGCGGGUGCUUUACGCCCACGGUGAGAUCGAACAGCGAGAGUCGGUUUGCCGAGACCUCGUCGAGCAGCGGGAGCUUGAAAAGCGCGGUGAGGUCCUCGACGCCGCCGUCCGCGAGCGCCGCCAGCUCCACGAGCGCCGUUUGAAAGACCGUGAGCACCUCAGCCAUCUUCUCACCGAAGAACAUUUCUACCGCAAGGCCUUAUUGUCCGAUGCGCGAGAUGAACUGGAGGCGAUAAGCGAGCGCUUUGCGGCAGCCUGGCGGUAUUUGUUAGCACCUGCUGCCGCUGAGGAGGGGAUCGAGGGGGAGGAUCUCACACCUCGCCGCCAUUUCGCCGGCGCCGCUCGUACGGCAAAGCCUUUUCAUUACAUGACCUUCUCCCCAGAGGAUAUGGACUACGCCCCUAGCGCACAGCUCGCUGUUGAGGGCAUCCUGGGCUGUGCGGUUAACAAGAACCUCGAAGUAACUCGUGUCCAACGCCCACUCAGCCAACAAUGCAAUGCUGAGGAAGAGCAAUUUCAAGCCGGGGACAUGAUCCUCGAUGUCUCCGGGCAAUCCCUGCACUCCCUCUCACAUUUACGCGAGGUCCUCUCCAACCGCUGCGUGCAAAUUCAGAUGGAGACCCGUUUGAAGUUCCCCGAGGUACCAGACGAUCACCUCACUAUCAACCCUGCCCUGCAGAAGUACCUCAAGCUGCUCUGCGAGCACCACAACUUCCUUGUUCUCGUGCUGCGAGGCUGCGAUAUCUUUCAGGUUAUUGUGGGAACGUGA